AUGCGAGGAUCGGGAGACCGACUGCCGUGUCGUAAGGUCAAAGUAGAACCGGCCGCCACGUUGAACAUAAAAAUUCAGGAUACUGACGUAGCAUCGGUCGAGUUCAAGGGUAAACAGGCCGAAAUGAAUCUCCAUGUGCUAGGAGGGGCUAGUCGCACAUUUUGCGGUAGAGAUAUGAUUGAAGCGUUAGAAAUUAACUGUGGGCCGCAUUACCCAAGCAUAUAUAGGGUACAAAACAGACCCCGAGAAAACGUCGAAAAUAGACUUGCUAAAGUCCUAGAAGAGAACACAGCCUUAUUCAAGCCUGUUCUAGGGGAGUGUACAACAACACAUGCUACGUUGAAGUUUAAAGUAUCAGAACCAAUACCAAAGUUCUUUAGGGCUCGACCAGUACCCUUAGCUUUCCGACCUAAAGUGGAAGAAAAAAUAAAAGAGCUAGUAAGUAAAGGCACGUUAACCCGGGUGGACCAUUCGGAGUUGGUGGUCGUUCCUAAGCCUGGAGGUAAAAUCAGGAUAUGCGGAGAUUACAAAAUAACAAUCAAUCCCCAAUUAGAUAUAAAC